UUUGUUCGACUCGUCCGAGGUCAAAGAGAAAUGGAGCACCAAGAAAACCGGCUACAACUACAAGGUUAUCCUUGAAUUUUGAUGAAAAUACAAUAUUUUUCUCUGGUUGCAGUUACCAAAAGGUAGGCAUGGCUGAUAACCAGUCGCAGGUUGCACCUCCACCCCCAGCGAAGGGAGACACGACGAUCUUGCAGUUGGUGGUGCGGUAUUUGAAACUGGUCGCCCUCCUCCUACUCGUCUGGAUAAUGGGCUAUUUCGACUUCAGCGUCAGUUGGAUCCUCCUCGGUCUCUUCAUCUUUAUGUGGAAUGAGACAUACCAGAGGAGAAAAAAGCUCCAGACUGAGAUCGCCCAGUUUUCAGCGAAGAAUGAGAAGGAUGAAAUAUUGGCAAGAGUGGAAGAUUUGCCUUCAUGGGUGUUUUUCCCAGAUGUGGAGAGAGCAGAGUGGUUGAAUAAGAUGAUACGGCAGAUUUGGCCAUUUGUUGGGAAAUAUACAGAUGACUUACUUAGGAACACCAUUGAACCCAGUAUAAUAAACAACCUGCCACCAUCACUGAAGUCUUUUAAAUUUGAAAAAAUUGACAUGGGGGAUAUUGCUCCAAGAAUCGGGGGAGUCAAGGUUUACACAGAAAAUGUCCGUAGGGAUGAAAUUGUGCUAGAUAUGGAUAUAUUUUAUGCCAGUGACUCAGACAUUAGGGUCAAAGUGAAAGGAAUACAGGCAGGAAUUAAAGAUCUGCAGCUACGUGGUACCCUGCGUAUUGUCUUUAAACCAUUGAUAAGUGUCAUGCCUAUGAUUGGGGGAAUCACUGUCUUCUUCCUUAACAGACCUAUGAUAGAUUUUAAUUUGACCAAUGUGGCCAAUGCACUGGACAUCCCUGGUCUAAGUGGUAUCCUUCAUCAUGCCAUUCGAGAUCAAAUAGCUGCUAUGAUGGUACUGCCAAAUAAACUCCCCAUACAGCUGUGCCAACAGGCUGAAAUCAGCCUUCUUAAAUACCCUCUCCCACAGGGUGUGCUCCGUAUCCAUGUUGUUGGUGCCAAAGACCUGAUGAAGGCUGACAUUGCGUUCAUAGGGAAGGGCAAAUCUGACCCAUACUGCAAGCUCAGAGUUGGUGCUCAAGAUUUUAAGACGAAAGUGAUAAAUAAUGAACUCAACCCAACAUGGAACCAAUUCUUUGAGGCCAUCAUUGACCAGCGUAUGGGUCAGAUACUGGAAGUCAGAGUCUAUGACAAGGACCCGGACAAGGAUGACAAGAUAGGAAUGGAUAACAGGUUGGGAUGUGUAAGUGUGGACAUCAGUAGUGUAGCCGAGAAGGGGCACAUGGACUCAUGGCUCCCCCUGGAGAAUGUUGACACUGGUUUGAUUCACCUGCGCCUGACAUGGCUGAACCUCUCAUCAAAUCCUGAUGAUAUAGACAAGGCUCUUGAGCAGUGUACUGUGGCGUGGAGUGAAGAACACCUGUCCUCAUGUUUCCUUAUGGUAACAGUGGAUGCCUGCCACAAUCUACCAGGUUCCUCGGGAAGCUGUUUUUUACAUAGCGCCAGUGGUCAAUCCACGAAUUCAGGUGGUAAGUACCUGACAGAGCCCUCUCCCUAUGUGACCCUGGGUGUAGGAGGGGAGAAACAGCAGACUCAGGUGAAGAAGAACACUGAUCAGCCUGUCUUUGAGGAGAACUUCAAGUUCUUGGUGCACAACCCUAACAUGCAGGAGCUGGAUAUGGAGGUGUAUGACUCUAAAAGCAAGAAGAUGUUGGGCUUUGUGACAGUCCCUGUGAAGGACCUUCUGAAUGAUGAAGACAUGACCAAGUUCCAGUCAUAUCCUCUCAAAGAGUCUGGACCAAUGAGUAAAAUCACACUGAGGUUACAGCUUAGGAUUCUGCUGUCUGGUACUGCCCCAAUUGAUUCUAUGCCAACAGAAGAGGCUGUGGACUCGCUGGUCAAUAAUUCUAACAAAAAUACAGAGGAAGAGGGAGAAGGCGGGGCAGAGGAGGAGGAGCCCUCUGCUACUUUCUCUCUUGAUGAUCCUGACUUGGACACGCCAAAUGGUAAGGCACAAGAAACGCCCACAAAAUCUGCUGCAGGCUCUGCUGACUACUCACCAAACUCCAGCAUGAAGAAUAACGAGAUGAGGAGGCGGUCUGGACAUUCAAUCCACAGUAAAACUAGUGCAAUGGGCAGUGACAGUGGACUGGGCAAGAUACAGAUCACUAUACGCUACAGCGGCCAAAGAAACAGACUGGUGGUGGUCGUCCACAAGUGCAUUGAUCUUAGUCCACGAAAAAAAUACUGGUCAUUCAGCACUCCAAAGAUAAGACGGAGGGCAAGUUUGAGGACAUCCCGUAACCAAGACAACAACAAAGGAGGCAGUACUCCUAGCAGACCGCGUGCUAAUACUGCUGACGUGGUACCCACCAAGGAGUCUGUAGCGAAAGAGGAAACGCCACCCCAAAAGAAAAGCGCCCUGAUUCCACCAGACGAUAGCAACCUAGCUGACCCCUUUGUCCGCCUGUAUCUGCUGCCAGACAGGCACCUGCACACCAAGAAGAAAACACAAGUCCACAAGUGCAACCUCAACCCCAUAUUUGAUGAGACAUUUGAAUUUGCAGUCAACCAGAGAGACGCCCAGCAAAGGACGCUGGACAUUGCGGUGAAGAACUCGGUGGGGGUGUUCUCUAAGGGAAAACAUGACAUGGGAAGAGUGUACAUUGACCUUUCUGAACUGGAUCUCAACAAAGCCACUACAGCUUGGUAUAACCUUCAAGCCUACAACAAGUCUGGAAACAGAUCCUUUAGAGAGUCCAAAGAAAUCUAAUAAACAGUCAAAAUAGAUUUAAUGGUUCCAAAUUAACUCAUUCUUUGCGAAGAAUAUUAAAGUGAACUUCAGCGGCAAUGCAAAAAUGGCAUGGAAGGAGAGCAAUUAACUCACCAUCAGGCAGCUGAUCAAGAAGAUAAGCCACCAAUACAGAAAAAUAUUUCUGUUGCAGUCAUAUGGAUAAGACUUGAUGUAAACAGUGAUGUGCAGAAGCUCUCUAUUUUGCAAUAUAAUAAUUGUUAACUUCCUCAAAAGAAAUUUAUGUGAUUGAGUUGCUAAGCAAUGGAUAAACAGAACUUUCUGUCAUAGCUUUAUUGUAUGAUCUAGUCUUCCAGCUGGGCCUUUCUAGGACAAAAUCAUUUAGAUCAAAUGACUUCCAAAGUGCCAUGCAUAGUGAAAGAUAAGCAGUGUGAGCAAGUGGUAGCUGUGUAUGUUUUACUGUUAUCAAUGCAAUUUUUAUGUGUUGUACAUUGGUUGUAUUUGUUAUGACAAAAAACUUUGUUUAGACAGUAUGGAAUAGCAAUGUUAAGUCAGAUGAUUGAAGGAAAUUGUUGUUUUAAAGAUAGUUAAUGUGAUAAUGCAUAAUCUCUUCGCCUUCUUUUACAUUUUUGCUCCUUUUGCACUUAAGCAAUCAGACAGAGGUUGACAAGACAAAAAA